CGUUACCAAAAUGGCCAGAAGUUUACGAUCCCACACCAAGAAGCGCUACAGAGCCAUCAAGCGUGAGCAUGUCUUCAAGCCUGUCGAGGAUUUGAGAUUGCAGCGAUUGUCAGAAGCACAGGCCGAGGCUGCCAAGAAGCCCAACCACGGAACCACCCAGGAAGAACACGAAGCCAUUAAGGCUGAAGCCGAGGUAGCCAUGGUUGAAGAUGAUAAAAAGGUUUCUACAAGCGGUACUCGCAGUGGAAAGCAAGCAAGGAAGCUCAGAGAGAAGAAGAAAAAGAGCAAGGCUUCUUCUAAGUGGUGAUCGAACCAAAUACUUUUGUUUUCCAUACUUUCAAAUGAUUUCAUUCCAUGUCCUCCUCCUCAUUUAACACACGUUUUGUUUACUUCCUCUGCAAAAAAUUAUAAUAAUAAAUGUUUAUAAAGAAAUAUACAUAUAUAUAAAAUU